AAUCCUCUGGAUUUAUUAUUCAAAUGCCUCAGCUCAAUGACAGAAGCUCUGAUGGAGGAGCUCAACCAGGGCUUGCGACCACUGAAGCAAAAUGCAGAGAAGAAGUUCUGCAGCCGCUAGCUGCAUCUCAACAACAACAACAUCAUCACAGACUUGGCUUUAAUAAUACGUCUCACCUGGGUUUUCUACCUGUCCUUCAACGACAUCUCACACAUAGACCCAGUUCUAGUAGAGCUGAAGGAACUGUGGGUGUUGUAUCUCCAUGAUAAAAGCAUCUGUAACCUUUCAAAGGUGGAUAAGCUGGCCGCCCUGCCCUUCCUACAUAGACUCACCCUGCACAGCAACACAAUGGAGAAUGAGGGGAGCUACAGGGGGUAUGUGAAUGCAGCUCUGCCUCACUUGUUAGACUUCUGCUCUGUAACGGGCCAGGAUAGAAUCAUGGCCCAGGUCUGGCACCAUCCCAGCAACCAGCAAAACACCAGGAAGAACCAGGACAACUGGUGUUACUUUGUGUUGAAAUAUGGAUCUGAGAAUUGA